AUGCAGGAGGCAGUCCUUCCGGAGGAAGUAACAAGCUAUAGCUUCACUAGUGCUAUUUGGAGGGGUUUCAUCCCACCAAGGGUCGAAUUAUUUUCUUGGUUUGUUCUGAUUGAGAGGGUGAAUACCAAAGAACGACUAUGCAGAUUAGGGGUCAUUAACCCGCUUGAUAAUUUAUGUGCUUUAUGCUGUAAGUCUAAUGAGUCUGCUUUUCAUCUGUUUCUUGGGUGUGAGGUCACAUGGCAGGUGUGGGGUGCUUGGCUUUAUGCUCUUGGACGACAAUGGUCUGUACCCGGUACACUAAAGCAACAUUUUGAGAGCUGGACGACUGUUGCACCACGAAAGGAUGGAAGGAAGAGGUGGUUGAUUGGAUUCUUUGCUGUAAUCUGGGCGAUUUGGCUGGAAAGAAAUAAUCGGGUGUUCCAGAAUAAAGGAUCAGGAAUACAGGAAAUCACUAACAGGUCUUUUGUGCUCUCCGACGAGUGGAUUGGUGGUGCAUCCUUUGGUUGUUGA